AUGGGUUUCGCUUCGUGGCUUGAUGACUUCUGUCCCCCGGACCCCGAGAAGACAUAUGCCAUCGACAUGGAUGCACCUGCGGUAGUUCGGCCAUGGAUGCUGGCCUUUCGUUCGGACUACAGCACUUCCGGGUUCAUAGACCCGGAAGUCCUCGAGAGAUUGCUGGAACUCAUAGUGUCAGAGGGGUUCCUGUCAAACCCCGACCUGGUUGGCUGCGAGAAACUGUCGUGCACCUACCCGCCUGAUGAGUACCUCGAUGAACCGCGAAGGGAGCUUCCAGCCUUGCAGCCAGGAUCCGCCCUGCUCAGACCCUUUUCCAUUGCUUACAUCAAGGGCUGGAAGCGUGCGGUGAGCUUGCUCAUCUUGCUUGCCGGUGUACGGGAGUUGGGUUUGGAAGACCAAAUCCCGCACCACGUGCGUGCUUCUCAGGCAGCACUUCAAUUAUCUUGUGCUGCGGACUCAUCGAGAGCUGGGGUCAAAAUAUACUUACAGCUGUAG